AUGCAGACCUCAUGGAAUGAUUUGCCCGAGCAAGUGCAAAAUAAGAUACUGGCGGGACUGCCAAUUACAAAAUUCAUGAGAUUACGCUGUGUGUGCAAACAAUGGUGGUCAUUAUACCACAAUGUUUCUUUUGUAAACCUUCAAGCUACCCUCUCACAAGCCAUGGUAGUAGAAAUCAAGAAUAACUCUACAAUUUUAGAUCCCAAGGAAAUGAAUUCCUUAAAUCGAGAUCAAUAUUGUAAAGAAGUGCAAUUACCUUGUCAGAUUCUGGUUGGAGAUGUGUUAGGUCAUGGAGAUGGAUUUCUUUGCUUUUUUUUGAGAAACAAUGGACCCCAGCUUUUAAUUUGGAACCCUAUUACAGGCCAAAGUAAAACCAUAAGAGCUCGGUCUAAGAGAAAAAAUAUUAUCUCAACUGAGAUAUUCUAUGACAAAAAUUCUCAUAGGAGUUUCAGAUUGAUGCACGUAGAAUUCAACAGGCAAAGAGAAAUUGAAACGUGGGUCUAUAGUUCCAUCAAAGAUAAUUGGCAGCAAAUUUUGGUACCACCACAAGAAAGAUCAGGACUGUUCAACAGAUAUUAUUCGUUGGGAAUUUAUUUCUUGUGCACAAACGAUUCAGAUAAUAGUUUUUUAAGACUAAUCACAUUUUAUAUUGAAAGGGAAGAGUGGGUGGGAAGUGGGGUUAUUGUGCUGCCCUCGAAAGAUUGUAUUCUAGGGCAGGAUGCUGAAAAACAAUUGUUUGUAGCCACAAAAGGUGCUAGACAUAUCUUUUUUCAGAUUGGGAAAUUUGAGAAAGUGGGGAAUUCUUUUGCAUUGAUAUGGAGCGAAACACAAAUACUGCUGCCUCCAUCUUUGCCAUCAAUUGAAUUGCAACACAGUGGCAAAAUGGCUAACCCUAAUUCAAAUGCAUUGUUUGGAAGCUCCAAGUUGUCAAUUCGUAUAGGAUACAAGCAUUCUUUGCGAACUGCCAUAGGAAUUGAAACUGACAUAGAAAAAAACCAUGCUUGGAUGUAUAGAAAGUAUUGGUUAUCAUAUGAUACAGAGAAAAAUAUAUGGAAGAGUUUGGAUACAAGUACAGAUUCUACAGUAUUACAUUUUGUACCCACCCUCUUCCAGAUUUGA